AUGGCCUUUGGCUGGGCAGAAGUCCGCUCCCUCCUCCUCGUCUUCGGCCCAAUUCUCCUCCCAAAGGCCAUCUCCGCCUACAAGUCGAUCCGCAACGCCUCCCGCUAUAGCGGCGAGCCCGUCCCUCCUCCGGCCGGCGUGGCCCGCGCCCUCGCCGUCCUGGCGGGCGUCGUCAUCGUCUACCUUAUCAAGUCCAUGCCGCCGUUGGCACCCGAGAACGUCUUCGCCCUCACCCAGUCGCGCCUGCAGAUCCCCGUCGACGUGCUCUUCACCCGCCUCGCCUCCCUGCGGCCAGACGGCCUGCUGUCGGCCGCUGACGAACGCCUCCGCGCCCGCUUCGUCAACCUCGAGUCCCGCCUCCUUUACCUUCAGCUCGGCCCGGACGCCCUCGCCGACUGCCCCUUCUGCAAGUCCGACGACCCAAAGUCCUUCUUCUACUACGCCCUUCCCGCUAUUAUCCUACCGCACAUCCUAAAUCUCGUCGUCCUCGCCGCCGUCACCUCACCGGCCCUCACCGGCCGUGACGCCGCCCGCUGGCGUCCCCAUGCCACAAUCGCCGCCGCCGCCCUCGCCGUCGCCGAUGCCAGUUUGGUGAACGCCUACGACUACUCGGCCAACUCGGCCGCCCUGCGCCUCCAGGACCUCGACUUCUUCUACUGGAAGGCCCGCGCCCUGCGCCUCGUCGGCCUCGCCGUCCUCGACGCCGGCGUCGGCGCCCUGCUGUUCCUCAGCGGCACGCGCCGCGCCUUCGUGCAGCCGCCCUCGGACGCCGAGCGCAUCGAGGCGAGCAACCGCGCGCUGGCCAUGGUCCGGAACAAGCUCAACGCCCUCGGCAUCGUCAAGAACACAGCCCUCCGGGACGAGGAGCUGCGCGCCCGCAGCCAGGCCUACUGGUUGCGCGAGGGCCAGGUGAUGCGCGAGACCAUGGAGGAGAGGGAGGUGGUCGAGAGCAUCAACAACGCGCUUGAGGGCCGCAUCGACAUGCGGCGCAUCACUGCCGAGGCCGACACGUACGCCGAGUCGAUCUUUAAGCAGCCGGACGAGGUGGCCCAGUUGUAG